AUGUUGCUUGCCGCGGCCUCGGUGGCCUCGCGCCGCACUGCGGCUUCGCUGGCGCCCGCGCUCGGGGCGAUCUGGUCCCGUGGGAUGGCGGGCCUGUGGUCGCACGUCGAGAUGGCGCCGCGGGACCCGAUCCUCGGCGUCACUGAGAUGUGGAAGGCAGACACCAACCCCGAGAAGAUCAACCUGGGCGUGGGCGCCUACCGCAACGACGACGGACAGCCCGUGGUGCUGGACUCGGUUCGUCUGGCCGAGCAGAAGAUCGCCGGCAAGGAGUUCAUGGAGUACCUUCCGAUCGGCGGCUACGGCCCGUUCGUCCAGGAGUCCAUCAAGCUGGCGUACGGCGCCGGCUCGGAGCCCAUCCAGUCCGGCCGCGUCGCCGCGGUGCAGGCCCUCUCCGGCACGGGCGGCUGCCGCCUGAUGGGCGAGUUCCUCGUGCGGUACGCGCCCGGCACGAAGCUCUUCGUCCCGGAAACCACCUGGUCCAACCACUGGAACAUCUUCAAGGACGCCCACCUCGAAACGGGCAAGUAUCGUUACUACGACGCCGCCACGCGCGGCCUGAACUUCGCGGGGCUCGUCGAGGACCUCAAGGCGAUGCCCAAGGGCAGCUUCGUGCUCCUGCACGCCUGCGCGCACAACCCCACGGGCGUGGACCCCACGGAGUCGCAGUGGCGCGAGAUUUCCUCGCUCAUGAAAGAGCGGGGACUGUUCGCGUUCUUCGACAUGGCGUACCAGGGGUUCGCGUCGGGCGACUUCGACCGCGACGCCACGUCGCUGCACAUCUUCGCGGAGCACGGGCACAACUUCGCGCUCGCGCAGAGCUUCGCGAAGAACAUGGGACUGUACGGACAGCGCACGGGGUGCUUCUCGAUCAUGUGCGCGGACGAGGACGAGCGCGCGCGCGUGGACUCGCAGAUCCGCGCGGUCGCGAGGGCGAUGUACUCGAACCCGCCGCUGCACGGCGCGCUCCUCGUGUCCACGAUCCUGAGCGACCCCCGGCUGAACAGCAUGUGGCGGCGUGAGGUAAAGGAGAUGGCUGACCGCAUCCACGAGAUGCGCACGGAGCUGAAGCAGGGCCUGAUCGCCGCUGGCUCGAAGCUGAACUGGGACCACAUCACCAACCAGAUCGGCAUGUUUGCCUUCACGGGGAUGACGCCGGAGCAGGUGGACGCGCUCAAGGACCGCAGCAUCUACCUGACGAGGAACGGGCGCAUCUCCAUGGCCGGCGUCAACACCAAGAACGUCCAGCGGCUCGCGGAGGCCAUGCACGAGGUGACCAAGUAG